AAAGAACCACCAUAAGAACACCGUUAAGAUACCUGAGGUUCUGCGUUGAACCGUUAUAGUAAUUCGGAGAACGGCAUCCGCUAUCUUGAAACGGCUCACACGAUGAGGACCCGUUUAGUAGUUGUUGUUUUGCGGCCAGAACUCGACGUGCACUCGCCUAAAACAUAAUGACUCGCUGUCAAAUUUUACAUCUACAAUAUCUUCUCAUCAUCGUUGUAACUGUUACAACUAUUUUGGCCCUUCCAACAUCCAAACCGAUCGUCAAAUUUGAUCAACGUCAAGAUGGUAAUUUAAACGUGAGGACAGAUUUACAAAAUAUCGUUGUAAUUAUCGCUCCCCCUCCCAAUGGGAGCUUGAUAGAUUUACUCAUAUCUGGAUUUUUCAAAGGAUUAUCUAGAAAACAUCAACAUCGUCCGCACGUUGCCGUUGUGAAAAACGAUGAUGAACAAGAGACUCAAAAUUUCAUUGAAUCAAAAACUGCGCCGUAUCACGUUGAUUUGACGAAAAGAGAUGGUAAUGGUAAAAAUAAGAUUCGACCGGAUGUUGAAAAAACUCAAGAAGUAUUAGUUGGCAGGGGGAAAUUUGACGACACUCAUGACUCUCAUAAAGAACUUCAAAGAUUUGCUAGGGCGUAUAUCGUUAGUAUACCGAACGAACUUGACGAUGAAGAGAAUGAAGAAAUUGGAAUUGGGAAAACGUCGAAAAUCAAAGAGAAAUUGGUGCUUUUGGGGGCUACUUUAGAGCAAUGUGGACCGGAUAGAAGACGAGAUGAAAAUGGAAUAUGUAGGUUUAUAAACAAACAGUAAACUUAUCGAUGAAACGUUUACUGUAACAUUUUAUUUUAAGUUAUUUUUAGUUAUACGAAUCUGUGCCGUAAUGACGUAUUGAUGUAUCUCUUUUAUAUUUAUUUAUGUUGAAUAAAAAUUGUUAAUCUUAUCAAGUUUCCUAUAA